ACUCCACGAGGAAGCAGCGGACAAAACAAGCGACAGUCGUGCUGCUCCGCGAUUAAAAACAUAAAUAAGGAUUUUGUUGUCGAUUUAGAAGUUGAAAAGUAUGUUACGUUGCUUGAAGACACGAACGUGUACUUCACGGCGCCGUUAUAUCAGGGAUAAAGGGUUGGUUUAGGGGCUUGUUACAGCUGCAGGUAACGUCGCCGUCUACGCCCCUGCGUCAAGAAGUGGAAAAAUGUCAACUAAAAAUGGUGAGGAUGGCAAAAACAGUCAAAUCGUGGGCUCUUCUGAGGGAAUGGCCACUGGCAAGAGAAGCGAAAACGAAAACCGACGAGGAGUCGAGGCAACAGUCUCCACCACAGACAACAGCACAGCAGCAAAAAACUUGGCUUUGCUGAAAGCACACUCCCUAGAUGUGAAGUUUGAUGUCGGAGAGGAGUAUGAUAUCAUAGAAACCAUUGGAACCGGGGCCUAUGGUGUUGUUUCAUCUGCCAGAAGAAGGGACAAUGGCCAGCAGGUGGCAAUAAAGAAGAUCUCCAAUGCUUUUGAAGUGGUGACAAAUGCCAAACGCACACUGAGAGAACUGAAGAUUCUCAAGCAUUUCAAACACGACAACAUUAUCGCCAUCAAAGACAUCUUGCAGCCGAAUCUUCCCCACGCUGCCUUCAAGUCUGUGUAUGUGGUGUUGGACCUCAUGGAGAGUGACCUCCACCAGAUCAUACACUCUACCCAGACACUAACUCCAGAGCACACCCGCUACUUUCUAUACCAGCUCCUCCGUGGCCUUAAGUACGUGCAUUCUGCCAAUGUCAUCCACCGUGACCUCAAACCCUCCAACCUCCUAGUGAAUGAAAACUGUGAGCUUAAAAUUGGUGACUUUGGCAUGGCGAGAGGUCUGAGUUCUCACCCAGAGGAGUCUUAUUCCUUCAUGACUGAGUACGUAGCAACUCGAUGGUAUCGUGCUCCUGAGCUCCUGCUGUCUCUGAAUCAUUAUAGUUUGGCUAUUGACUUGUGGUCUGUGGGCUGCAUCUUUGCUGAAAUGUUGGGGCGUAAGCAGCUUUUUCCUGGGAAGCACUACGUACACCAGCUCCAGCUCAUUUUGAGUGUGUUAGGCACUCCUCCUGAGGGUUUAAUUGGUGCUAUUAGGGCCGACAGGGUGCGCUCCUAUGUUCAGAGCCUUCCAUCGCGGACCGCUGUGCCUUUGGCCAAACUUUACCCGCAAACUGAACCGGAGGCUUUAGACCUGCUGAGGGCCAUGUUGCGCUUUGAUCCCCGCGAGCGAAUCAGCGUGACCGAAGCCCUAGCGCAUCCUUACCUGUCCAAAUACCACGACCCAGACGACGAGCCAAUUUGUGUGCCAGCUUUUGACUUCGAGUUUGACAAUCUUCCAAUGAAUAAGGAACAAAUUAAAGAGGCAAUUUUAAUGGAAAUCCAGGACUUUCAUAAGAAAAAACAAAGCUGUCGUCAAAGACUGCAGUUCAGGCCUCUGCCGAGGGUGAAUAGCGGAGCUGCCGGACAAAGCGGCAACCAGCUUAAUUCUCAGCCUGCAACCGUAGACCUCAUCAAAUCGACGGUGGUUCCGAUGGCACAACAUUCACAAACUCAACAGAUACUUCAGCAGCAAAUGAGAAAAGUGAAAUCACAACAGCUUCAAGAUCAUCCACCAGCAGAAGUGAAUCAUGCAUUUACAAACGAUAUGAAACCCUUUAAUAAGCCCGCUGCCCUGUUAGAAGUGGCCCCGUCUCACGUGACCCAUAAUUUGCCUGUUCUUAGUAAAUGUGAAAGUGGUCCGGUCGAUGUGGACAUGCCCAGUGCGAACUCCGACAGUGGUCAACUGGAGACGAUAGAUUUGACCACGCCGGUGUCUAGUCAGGGUUCUCUGCCGGAAACGAUGCGGGACAGUGAGGCACAGAAACAGUUAACAAGCAGUCAGGCUCCUCAGGCUCAUAAUAACCAAAGCCAGGCCAUGGCUCAAGCUCCCACCUCCAUUGCUGCAACACCAGCACAGACCUUAACACCCCUACCCACCACUGUGCCUUCCCUCUCUCUGUCUGCAGUACAGGCCCAGUCACUUUCUCAGUCGCUUUCACAGGCACUUUCCAAGAAUGCACGGCUUCCUGCGUGUGCUACGGAGGGGACCAGAAAAGAGGGGGCCAUUUCAGAGGAUACUAAAGCUGCUCUUAAAGCAGCUUUAUUGAAAUCAGCUCGCAGACAGAAAGCCAGGAGUGAUGGAAGUGCCUCUGCUCUCGGUGCCGACACAAUCGCAGGAGGAGGUACAUCAUCCUCCAUGUCUUCUGUUCAAGAGUCGCGUCGGCCUGUCACGGCUCAGGAGCGUCAACGAGAAAGAGAGGAGAAAAGAAGGAAGAGGCAGGAACGAGCAAGAGAGAGGGAGAGAAAACUGAAGGAAAAAGAACGAAGAGAGGGAAAACAAGGGGAUUCACUGGGUGGAGUGCUGCUGAGUGACAACGACAAAAGCCUGUUACAGCGCUGGACAAAGAUGAUAGACAGCUGCAGUGAUAAAUCUCAGACAGCUAAUAAUGAUAGAUCAAAGCAUAAGGAUUGCAAUAUGAACUUGAAUACAGGGGUGGUUAUUGGUGAUACCUCUAAAGGAGCACUGAACAACAAAAUGGACCAGGAGCCGAGGAAGAUCCAGUCUCAUGAGCAGUUAAUUUCUCAAGUAAAAACUAACCAGCCAGGCUUGUUUCAGCCUUCAACGAACCAGCAGCCGUCGUUACCUUUCUCCAUGAGCAAACAGAAGCCCUCAGCUGAUAUAGUUCUAUCUGCAAGUGGAAACAUAGACAUGAGUGUCACUUGUGGAUUUGUUAAAAACAACAGACUCAAACCUCACCCCGAAAGUAACGGGCAAAGUGGAUUCAGGUGCAUGGGAAACUGGAGUGGCCAGCAGUUAGAGACGAGGCAACCACAAGCACCUAACAGGACACCUCAGCCACUGCAGUCCAGCUUUCUUCAGUCCAGACUCCAACCUCAGGGUCAAACACAACCCGACUCACAAGCUCAGUCGCAGGUGCUCUCCCUGGAGAGUUUUUUGUCAAAAGUUCCUACUCUGAGCAUCAGAGAGACUAAUGGGAAUCUGAAUGUAGGAGGUCAGAAUAACCUCAACACCUUAAGUGCGAGUGCAGGACCAAUGGAGAAGCUUUGUCCUGUCGGAGAGAAAACUGCAGCACAGACCACCAACUCUCUUUGUGGAACUUUAGGGGUUUCCUCUCAGCGUCAUCCCAGUUUAGGGUUCACAGAUACGGGGCAGCAAGGAGCUUCCAUUGCCCCCGACAUCCAUACAGUCACACUGCAGCUGUCAAAGUCCCAGGUAGAGGACGUUUUGCCUCCUGUUUUUUCAGUCACCCCUAAGGGCAGUGGGGCCGGGUACGGUGUGGGCUUUGAUCUGGACGACCUUCUCAACCAAUCUCUGACAGACCUGCAACACUGUGAUCGGGACAGUUAUGACUCGGCCCCCCUCUCUGCCUCGCUGUUAUCUGAUUGGAGCGAGGUUCACCGGAUGACUCCAGCUGACCUGGAGUCUCUGCAGCAGGAGUUGCAGCUCGGCUCACCCAUGAUUCUCUCCGAUACCAUCCCCCCCGACGCCUGACUCACCCUUUCACAGAAAACAAUCGGAUGUUUUUGUUUUUUUUACACUAAAGCAGCCUUAACAUUGACAUU